AUGGAAAAGGAGGCUGUGAGGAACAGGAAGGAUCCCCGGGACUCCCAGGCAGAGAAGAAGCUGAGGAUUGGGACCAGGGAUGACAAAUCCCCACAGCAGAACCUCAAGGAAGAGGCCGUUAUGAGUGACUCCAGAGCACAGGAAUCCAACGGGGAGGAAAAUCCCCAGAGAUUCCACAGGACGAGAGGCUCCAAACCCAGCCCAGGGUGCUCUGAGGAGGAAAGACCCUCCCUGAGCCAGGAAGGUGGACAGAGCUUCAGCCAGAGCUCAGAGAUGGUGGUCCAUGAGCAGCUUCAUGAUAGGGAGAAUCCCUACAAGUGCUUGGAGUGUGUGAAGAGCUUCAGGAAGGGCAGCACCCUGAUCCGCCACCAAUGCAUCUACACCGGGGAAUGGGCCUACGAGUGUGGGGAGUGUGGGAAGGGCUUCAGCUACAGGUCCCCCCACCCCCGGCCCUGCAGCCUCCCCCAGAGGAUGUUCCACGAGAUCGACCCCAGAGCCUGA